GAUGACUAAAAUUAUACUCCCAAGGGCCUCAAUAAAGAACCAUAUUAAAAAUGAUGGAACGUAAUCAAAUUAAAACCACUUUAUGUUUCAAUAUUUAAUCUAUUUUCAAUCACCAGUAUAGCCCAAUUUCAAACUAUCAUCAAAUACAGAUGACAAAUAAUAUUCCACAUUACUCUACUAGCUCGUUAAUUUAGAGAUAGCGACUGAAAUUCACCUAAAUUGCAAACCGCAACGGCAUGAUUGAGUUUCUGCGGCUUCAGUUUUAGAGGCUUGCUUAGCUGAAAACCUCUUCUCAAACACACUAUAAAUUGCUCUGUAAAAUAAACUAAAAGUUCUUGUUGUAAGAUGGAGAUCUUGGGAAAGAGUGUUCUCAUCACGGGUGGAGCCAAUGGCAUUGGACAGGCCAUUGCUGAAAAUUUGCUGGCUUCAGGAAUUGAAAAACUUGCUAUUGUGGACAUCCGGAUGAUUGAGAAGGAUGUCUUGAGUUUGUGGAGAACAGAAUAUCCCAAGUGUUCUAUGGAAUUCUUCCCAGUGGAUGUCACAGACAUGGAUAGCUUCAGAAAAGCCUUUCAUGAAGGAAUCGAAAAGUUCAAAAAGUUUGAUAUAGUGAUCAAUAGUGCUGGAAUCUUCGAUGAAUUUGACUUCGAGAAGAUGUUUAAAGUAAAUGUCUGUGGUGUUGUAAACUCCUGCCUACUGGCCAUUGAACCCAUGCGCCAGGAUAAAGGUGGAUCUGGAGGAUGUGUACUCAACAUCUCUUCAAUAGCCGCCCUAAAUCCCGUCCUGGCUGCUCCUCUAUACUCUGCCACAAAACAAGCAGUUCUCACAAUCACCUCGAGCUUUUCCGAAGCCUUCUUCUUCUCUCGCUUCGGCAUCUACUUCCACACUCUCUGCCCAGGAGCCACAAACACCCGACUCUUCACCGAUUCCUUCGAUGCUCGCUGUCUUUUUCCCGAAUUUGCUCCCGAAUAUCAUGCUGCAAUGGCCAAAUACCCCAUCCAGGAUGUUCAGGCUGUGGCCAUAGCUGCCCUAGAGAUACUCAAAGAUCACAGGAAUGGCAGUGUAUUCGUCAUUGACGAUGGGAAAAUUGAUUCAAGACAGUGAUUUUUAUUCUACUCAUUCUUCUUCCGCAUGGCUUCUUCCCACUCUUGCGGAUGCUUCCGCUUUUGAUGGGAAUACCUGUUGGCAUUACUAUUAAACAUCUUGUCGCAGAAAUUGCAAUUAUACAGUUGUUGCUGGCCAGUAUGGGAUGCCAUAUGCUCCUGGAAGGCAUAUACCAAUUUCACCAGAUAUUCCAAAAAAUAUUGCAUUUGAUUGAAUUAAUAAAAUAAUGAAAAUAAA